UCCUCCCCGAUUCGCAAAGUGAAGUCACUUCCCAAAAUUAGCUGAAAAAAAGUUUCAUCCGGUUAACUGUCUCUUUUUCGCUCCGCUACAACAACAAACGUGCACAGGGGAGCGAGGGCAGGGCGCUCGCAGGGGGCACUCGGGGAGGGCCCAGGGCGCCAGGGAGGCCGCGCCGGGCUAAUCCGAAGGGGCUGCGAGGUCAGGCUGUAACCGGGUCAAUGUGUGGAAUAUUGGGGGGCUCGGCUGCAGACUUGGCCAAAUGGACGGGACUAUUAAGGAGGCUCUGUCGGUGGUGAGCGACGACCAGUCCCUCUUCGACUCAGCGUACGGAGCAGCAGCCCAUCUCCCCAAGGCCGACAUGACUGCCUCGGGGAGUCCUGACUACGGGCAGCCCCACAAAAUCAACCCCCUCCCGCCGCAGCAGGAGUGGAUCAACCAGCCGGUGAGGGUCAGCGUCAAGCGGGAGUAUGACCACAUGAACGGGUCCAGGGAGUCGCCGGUGGACUGCAGCAUCAGCAAGUGCGGCAAGCUGGUGGGCGGAGGCGAGGCCAACCCCAUGAGCUACAACAACUACAUGGACGAGAAGAAUGGGCCCCCUCCUCCCAACAUGACCACCAACGAGAGAAGAGUCAUCGUCCCCGCAGACCCCACGCUGUGGACACAGGAGCACGUGCGGCAGUGGCUGGAGUGGGCGAUAAAGGAGUAUGGCUUGAUGGAGAUCGACACGUCCUUCUUCCAGAACAUGGACGGCAAGGAACUGUGCAAAAUGAACAAGGAGGACUUCCUCCGCGCCACCUCCCUCUAUAACACAGAAGUGUUGUUGUCACACCUCAGUUACCUCAGGGAAAGUUCACUGCUGGCCUACAAUACGACCUCCCACACAGACCAGUCCUCCCGGCUGAGUGUCAAGGAAGAUCCUUCGUACGACUCGGUCAGGAGAGGAGGAUGGGGCAAUAACAUGAAUUCUGGCCUCAACAAAAGUCCUCCCCUCGGAGGAGCGCAGACAAUGAGUAAGAACGCCGAGCAACGGCCCCAACCAGAUCCCUAUCAGAUCCUGGGCCCAACCAGCAGCCGUCUAGCCAACCCUGGGAGCGGGCAGAUCCAGCUGUGGCAGUUCCUCUUGGAGCUCCUCUCCGACAGCGCCAAUGCCAGCUGCAUCACCUGGGAGGGGACCAACGGGGAGUUCAAAAUGACGGACCCCGAUGAGGUGGCCAGGCGCUGGGGGGAGCGGAAAAGCAAGCCCAACAUGAAUUACGACAAGCUGAGCCGGGCCCUCCGAUACUACUACGAUAAGAACAUUAUGACCAAAGUGCACGGCAAGAGGUAUGCCUACAAAUUUGACUUCCACGGCAUCGCCCAGGCUCUGCAGCCGCACCCGACCGAGUCGUCCAUGUACAAGUACCCUUCUGACAUCUCCUACAUGCCUUCCUACCACGCCCACCAACAGAAGGUGAACUUUGUCCCUCCCCACCCAACCUCCAUGCCCGUCACUUCCUCCAGCUUCUUCGGAGCCGCGUCACAAUACUGGACCUCCCCCACGGGGGGACUCUACCCCAGCCCCAAUGUGCCCCGCCAUCCCAACACCCACGUGCCCUCACACCUAGGCACCUACUACUAGCAGCUGAGUGCCCCGUGGUCCUCCAGCCGCAGUCCCCACACCCUCACACUUCCUGGAUGCUUUGGACUUCAAAGGACAUGCGUGACCUUGAAGGGAAAACAAAACUGGAUGUUCUUUCUUGUUGGAUAGAACCUUUGUAUUUGUUCUUUAAAAACAAUUCUUUUUUGAUGUUGGUAACUUUUGCUUCCUCUACCUGAACAACAAAGAAAUGAGUCAUUCCAUGGGCCAGUAUGCCAGUUUGCAUUCUCAGUUGCCUCUCAUCGUAGGAGUUGACUAUUUGACCACUGGAAUGGUUAAGAGCAUGGUUCUGAGAAAGCAGCUGUCAGUUUUCUUUCUAUUUUUAUGACCAAAGCAGUUUCUUAUCAGCACACGGGUCUCGUCAUUGUAAGAUUCAGUACAAACAAGGAGUCGGGAACUUAGCCAGUACGUUCUGGUUUGAGACUUAUGAAAACAGAGGUAAGAAGCUGAUCGUCUUAUUUUAGGGGGACCUAAUUCAGUGGAUGGUAACUGGAACAUUGGUUGUUAGGCCAGUGAAGUUUUCACCCAACUGGAAUUUGAAAAGAAAGAACACCUGUGCGUGUGUGUGUUUGUGUGUGUAUUUAAGAAGCCAUGGGCAUUGCAAAAUUCCCCUCGGUGGGCAACAUGCACUCGGCUGACCACUCUCUCUAGAAAUAGUCAAGAUAUGAACUAAGAAAUUUUAAUGCAAAUCCAGACAUUUCUGAAAGAGAAAUAACUAUUUUUUUUAUGAUGACAGUGGGUCCCAGAACUUGGAAAAGUCAUAGGGAUUUCUAAACUCAAACAGAUUCGCAAGCGCUGUGCGUUUGUCAGACCAUACGACCAGGGUCAACCAAUCAGAAGGCAACUUACUGUAUAAAUUAUGCAGAGUUAUUUUCCUAUAUCUCACAGUAUUAAAAGUAAAUAAUUAAAAAAUUAAAAAGAAUAAAUAAACGAGUUGACCUCGGUCACAAAUGCAAUUUUACUAUCAAAUCAGUCGUUGUUAUUUUUUUAAAUGUAAUUUGUACAUCUUUUGUCAAUCUGUACAUUUGGGCUGUUUGUACGUUUUUAUAGCUGGUUUUGUUUUUUUUUUUUAAAAAAAGCAUAAUGUGACUAUUGCUGAAAAGAAAACAGGGCGUUCAAGUCACUGACUCCCUAGGAAAAGAAGCACUGGUUAUUUAACAAGCAUGUACAAGCAAUGGAAGGCAAUUAUUUCAAUCAUUAAUGCUUUGGAGAUGUUUGUAAAUAACAAUACUGCAAUAAUCACAACUCUGAAAAGAACAACCAAACUUUCCCUUGUGGAGACGAGGGAUCUUCCUGCUCUAUAUAUGCAAUAUAUUUUUAGACAUUAAAAUAUAUAUAAUUUUGCAGGUAAUCAAUGACUUUUUUUAAACUAUAUUAAGUGUUAAGCUGACAACUGUCAAUGAAGACUAUGUUGUAAAAUAAUUCACUAAAUAAAU